UUUUUUAUUUUUAUUUUUUAAUUUUUAUUUUUUUUAUGUCACCUAAAAACUAAAGUAACAUCUAUUUGGUGCAGCAAGUCACACCAUGCGGCAGGAGUUACCCAAGUUUUUUUUUUUUCUAGAGAUUACUUGAGUUUUUCAGUCAGGGGUUACUUAAAUUUUUCAGUCAGGGGUUACUUGAGGGAUUCGGACAGGGGUUACUCGAGGGGUUCACUUAACUAAGAGUUAAGGGAUUACUCGAGUUUCUCAAUCAUGCCUUAUACAAAAAAUUGUGACUCGAGUAAUCCAUGACCGAGAAAUUCAAGUAAUCCUUGACCAAGAAACUCAAGUAGCCCCGAAAACUUGAGUUUCUCAAGUAACAAAAGGUGUCAUUUUACACCAAGAAACUCAAGUAACCCCAGACUGAGAAACUCAAGUAAUCCCAAAAAACUCAAGUAAUCCCUAACCGAGAAACUCAAAUAAUCCCUACCCUACGAUACAACGCCCCGCAUAUAUAAAUUUGUGAAAUUAAAGACCAAAAAGAAGGACCCCAUUCACUGGAAGCAUUACCAAUACGGCAAUCAAGGAAGAAUCAAUGACCAAUUAAAAAACUCUGAUUCAACUCCAAGUCAACAAACAGAAAUCAACUCUAAAACUGGAGAAACUUAACAAAGUGAACUAAUACCCAAAAGCCAGAAAAAUGAGAGCAGAGACAAUAACACUAGUGCUAGUAAACUUAGCAGGAAUAAUGGAGAAAGCAGACGAAUCAUUACUACCAGGUGUUUACAAAGAAGUUGGAGCAGCACUUCAUACAGACCCAACUGGGUUGGGCUCACUAACACUAUUCAGAUCCAUUGUUCAAACCUCAUGUUAUCCACUUGCUGGUUAUCUUGCUAUUCGCCAUAAUCGAGCCCAUGUUAUUGCUCUCGGCGCUUUUCUUUGGUCUGCUGCUACUUUUCUCGUCGCUUUCUCCUCAACUUUUUUCCAGGUGGCAGUGUCAAGGGCAUUGAAUGGUAUUGGACUUGCUAUUGUUAUACCUUCAGUACAGUCCCUGGUUGCAGACUCCACUGAUGACAGUAAUCGUGGCACGGCGUUUGGAUGGUUACAUCUCACAAGUGGCCUUGGCUCAAUCCUUGGAAACAUCUGCUCAGUCUUGAUAGCCUCAACGACCUUCAUGGGAAUCCCUGGCUGGAGGGUUGCUUUUCAUUUAGUCGGAAUAGUUAGUGUAAUAGUUGGCAUUCUAGUACGGCUGUUUGCCAGUGAUCCCCGCUUUGUAGAUGAGAGUGAGAAGGCAAAAGAGGGGAAUCCGCGAGUGUCUUUUUGGGAAGAAAUGAAGGAGGUGUUAGAAGUAGCAAAAUCAGUAGUGCGAAUACCAUCCUUUCAAAUAUUUGUUUCUCAGGGUGUUGCUGGUUCAUUUCCAUGGUCAGCAUUGUCAUUUGUACCAAUGUGGUUGGAGCUUAUUGGGUUUUCCCAUAAGACUACCGCGCUCCUUAUGACUAUAUUUGCUAUUGCCGGUGCUAUAGGGGGGUUUUUUGGAGGUAGAAUGGGGGAUAUCCUUUCAAGACGUUUGCCCAACUCUGGACGAAUCAUUCUGUCUCAGAUAAGCUCUGGUUCUGCCAUUCCAUUGGCAGCAAUAUUGUUGUUAGGAUUGCCGGAUGAACCUUCCACUGCCUUUUGGCACGGUUUAGUUUUCUGUAUUAUGGGACUUAUCAUAACUUGGAAUGCAGCAGCCACAAACAACCCAAUCUUUGCAGAAAUAGUACCUGAGAAACAUCGAACAAGCAUAUAUGCAUUGGAUCGCUCUUUUGAGACUACACUAGCCUCAUUUGCUCCUCCGGUAGUUGGUAUCCUAGCUCAACAUGUUUAUGGAUAUAAGCCAGCUGAAGUAGGGUCAUCAGAUGCUGCAGUUAUUGAAACUGACAGAGAAAAUGGUGCAUCACUUGCUAAGGCACUUUACACCGCGAUUGGAAUCCCAUUUACAAUUUGCUGCUUUAUUUACUCCUUCCUUUACUGCACAUACCCCAGAGAUAGAGAGCGAGCGAAGAUGCAAGCUUUGAUAGAAUCAGAGAUGCAGUUAAUGGAAGAUGGCGUUUCUCCUACUCUAUCAGAAGACUCCCCACUUCAAUUUUCAGAAUCAGAUUAUCAAAGUUUUAAUGGUAGAAAAUCAAAAAGUACUGGAUAUGGGGGUGAUGAUGGUCUUGAAUUUGAAUGAAAAUGAUCAAAAGACCCUGCUUCCACCCCAAGUACCUCUGUCAGAUUCUAGAAAACCAAUGUGAUUGUAAGGUCAUCUUUUUUUUUAUAAAAUAACUUUUUCAAAUUUACUA